AUGGAGGAGUGGCGAGAGAAUAACACGCCCCCAAAUGAUGCUCCAGACCAACGUCUUAACUCCCCUCCGGAUCGAGAUGUGCAAGAUUCCACAACGUCGGCUUCAGGUCCUGAGACCUCGCGGAAAAGGCCAUGUCCAGACCCCGGGAGCUCUGUGGAUUACACAAGUCAAGUGGACCUGCCUCCAGAUAACCUAAUCAAUGGUAUUCUGGAUGCAUAUUUUUCGGUCGUUCAUCCGUUCAUCCCAAUCCUCCAUGAGCCACUUUUGCGAUCUCGCCUGCGUGAUCCAGCUGAGAGGCUGAAGCUAAUUCCCUUACUGCAUGCGAUGAUAGUAUGUUCCUUACGGUACGUUGCUAACGAGCGACUUGCUGCAGAGUGGAGCACAUCCCACCCAGGCGCACUACAGAAAUCUAGAGACUUUGUAGUUCUCUCAAGCAUAGACAACCUUUCGGUAGAAAGUGCUCAGUCCCUCAUUAUUAUUGCCUUUGUCCAUAUAUGCGAUGGUAACGGAAGCAAAGCGUGGCCGAUUGUCGGAGCGCUGACCAGAGCUGUUGUAUACAUGGGACUGCACAUUGAGCCAGAUGAAGGCCAGCAAGGGGAUCCUUGCAUCGAGCCAAUCCGAUGUCUACCACCAGCCCGGGUAUGGACAGAAAUGGAGGAGAGGCGUCGAGUUUUCUGGAAUGUCUUUCUUCUAGACCGAUUUUGUUCGUUCACUACAGGUGAUGAUGUGAAGCUUCGUCUUCCCAGUGAUGGCACCUACUGGGCCAAAGAGGAGCCAGUCACUACACCAUUUUUUAACAUAUGGGAUACAACGCUGGCAAAGAUAGGGAAGUCGGUAUCUUUCCUUCCAGGCCAUCUUUCUUCACUUGCCGACAAGGAGAAAUAUGUGGAUAAUACCCCGUCAAGGUCCGAACGUGUGUCCCCUGUUUUACAAGCAUCUGGAACCCACACAGUGGACCUCUCUACCAUCGGCUCUUUUGCAUAUUGUAUCGAAGCGACUGAAUCACUCAAUCGUAUUGUGAAGUUUUUUCUCCAACGACCAGUCAGCCUCCAGAGCAAACAGGAGUUCGGUGCUUGGCUAACCCGCUUCAAGGAGUUAGAUCUCCAGCUUAUCCAUUGGAAAAUGUUUCUCCCUCGACGGUGGAAAGACUCCAACAUUUCUAAGGAGCCUGCGUUUGUGCAUAUGGAUCCUAACCUGACUCUUGCACACAUCACCCACAAUACGUCAAUGAUCCUUUUACAUCAGUGCAUUGCCUAUCCACGGGCUAACCUUGUGGAUAAGCUGAGACAAGCAAGCAUCUCUAGUGCUGAAACGUGUCAACUCGCCGCGUCAGAAACAGCCAAUAUUGUUCAAAAGUAUCUACAAUAUACACCUUUUGUUGGCCUUGUAAAUGCACAGUUCGUGUUCUGCGCUUUCGUCAGCGCCCGUGUCAUGCUUGGGAAACGACAACUUUGCCAAUGCCCUUCUUUCUCAACUUCAGAGGUUGCAGGAGCGGUGCAAGUACAUUGA